AUGCUCAAGUCUUCAACAUUCGAGCCAAGUCCUUUUUUGAACUACCACUGGGACACAUUCUACAGCGAGGUUGAUUUUGCAAAGAAUGCUGGUUUGGGAUUGAGCUUGGUGAGGGUUCCCGUUGGAUAUUGGGCUUUUGGAUUGUUGGAGGAUGACCUGGAUGUGAAAAUAAAGAAGAAAUCAUCUUUGAGGGACAAGUCGCAGCGAAAGUCUCAACUUGCUAAUAAGAUUACCGAAUUUAAGGAAUCGCAACAUACAAAUGAGCCAGGUUAUCAUGAAAAUCCCUUACUUAAAUUAGCUAAAACCACCAAGAAGCAGAAACAGCAAGAAAAAAGUGAUCAGUUUAUUAAUAAAUUGGCCAAUAAAGUCACAUUCAAUACUGGGGCAGGAAUCAGUAAGUCUUCAUUGCGUAGACGCAAGAGGAAAGAAAAAGAGCAGUUGAAACCCAAGAUGGACGAAUUGUUACUAAGUCUACCUACAGGAGACGAUGCGGAGUCUAAGCUGACAAAAUUGAUCAAGCUGUCCCCAACUGAGUUUGUUGAUAGUAAGAAGACGAAGAAGAAGUCAAACGCACCCAACCCGACAAAAACGACUGGUCUCAAGAAAAUCAUGAUAGAGGAGCACAAGAAUUUUGGCAACGUGUUGAAAAAUCCCGAAUUCAGAAAGUCGCCUUUUGAUGCUUUGAAAAGCGCAAUCAAACAGAAUAUGAGCUAA